AUGCAACACCUGCUCGUCGAUUGCCCCUUUCCGCAGCAGCCAUUAAUUAACGUCCGACUACUCUGCCUCCCGACGUCCGCAAUCCCGAUCCCGAUCAGCGUACCUCUUCGUCUCUUCUUCCUCGCGCCCUGCCAUCACCUCGCGCGCCCGCCGCUGCCCUCACGCCUCCUCGCGUGCCUGCCGCUCCCUCUCGCGGCCCCCACGCGCCCGCGCUGCCUCGCGCCCCCCACGCGCCCUCGCGCCCCGGCCGCCGCAUCUCACUCCCCCGCGCGGCCGCCGCCCCAUACCGUCGGGUCCAACACCGCAACGCUCCGCGGACGCCGCCCAGACAAGGCUCCGCCACCCCGUCCAGAUGGCUGGAGUCCAAAAGAGAACGAAGCUAUUAACAUGUCAUCUCGCAAACGCACUGGGCCUCCCACCCCAUUCCAAGAUAUAAGUAACGACCAAGACUUGGGUCUCUAUCAGCACCUCAUGAAGCAAACCAAACCCAGUGACCUGUUUUUCGAGUUCAUUGCCCUUGAGAGGUCUGGACUUGCAGAUUGUGAAGGGGAAGAAUUCCAACACAAGCUAAACCAAGGAGCUGCUGAUGAUAUCUGAAGCUUUACGAACUGGAGGUUGCACAUAUUUACGAACUGGCUUGACUUCAUAUAUUUGCUUCGUUUGCUGCUUCAUAUAGCAGGAGCCCACCAUGUGGUAAUUUUAAGAGUUUCAAGGUUAGAGAUGGAAUUUAUUUUUUCUAUUUACAAUACCUUUUCUGCCUCUUGCAAAGUUCGAUAUUCUGAAGUAGCCAAUCUUUUCAUUUCACGAGUUGUUGGACAUUCAAAGGCUGAGUCCAUUACGAAUGAGCAUGUAAUAUACUUGUAGUAAUAUUGCCGAGUAGUUGUCUUUAAGUAUCGCUUUAAACUGGGGUUGAUCGUAAUAUUUCUUCAACUAAUUCUAAUUUAUUGUGUCCGUGGAUUUUAUGUGAUGCAAUGUACAUGGAUCGUAUACUGGACGUGCGGGUUUAUAUAGAUAGACCAUGCCAUCUAUUUGAGUGCCCAAUAAAAAAAUACUAAAUUGAAGAUCAAUGAAAAUCAAAAGACAUGCUUUAAAUUUUAAAGAUGUGCGUGCACGUGCACACUCACUAGUAAGGGAGAAAAAUGCAAAAACGAGCAUCCAGCAGUUCCCUAUCGAUCCCCUGAAAAAUCGGCAUCCCCAAUCCACGCCUCCUUCUCCCCUAUAGAUCGGGCGGCGGAGGCCUCCCCUAUCCACGCCCAGGAAGCAACCGUCGCUCGCGGAAUCUUCCUUCCCACCACCAGGCGCGCCAACAGGUUCGUCCCCGCCCUUGUUUCUCUUCAGCCUCGUUGUUCUCGAGCUUGAAUCGGCAGUCGAUUUCUCUUCAAUUUCCUGGAGAGGAGGCCACGGGCAAGGCGCGGCCACCUGAGAGGAGGAGAGGGGCGGGUCGCGGCGUUCCUGGAGAAGGGCAACGGCUUGUCGCGGCGGGCCUGGAGAGGGGCAGGGGCAGGUUGCGGCGGGCUGGAGAGGAGAGGAGGGGCAGGUCACAGCGGCGCCAUGGAUUCGUGGCGGGCGAUGAGGAGGUGCGAGGGGCCGAGGCGUGUGGCCGUGGAGAGGGAAUCUCCACGGGGAAUCGUUUUAGCUGCUGCAUGUUGAUUCCAUUUUGCACAACGACUAGCAGAUUGUUGUCAAUUUCUGACAUACUGGAGUUCCUUUGGUCCUAGAAUUUGUUGUAGCUGCUGCAUGUUCAUUCGAUGAUGCUAAUUAAACAAGACAUUGGUAUGGGAAUGAGCAAUAUACAGGGGAGAUAUAUUAGGAGAA